CUUGCCGUGAGUCAGUUUUAAACCAAACAAUGCUAGAAGACGCCGCUAGUGGAGGUGUUGGCUAUGGAAUAACACCUUGUCAAAAGCAAAACAAAAGAGCUGAUGCGAUACGCUAACCACUCUGCUUUUCAUUAAAUGUUUUAGCCUCCUGUGCAUCCGAGGAUGUGACAUUUGGGAUAGUCUAGCACCCCAAGUCUGACCAUCAAAUAUGAUUCUUUGCCUGCUACACGAAACUCCUUAAGUAGUCCCUUUGCCAUUUGACCCCAUGGCUUCAACUACAAUGCAACAAGCUUUAGAGCUGGCAUUGGAUCGUGCUGAGUAUAUCAUUGAAAGUGCCCGUCAGAGACCUCCCAAAAGAAAAUAUUUAUCCAGUGGAAGAAAAUCUGUAUUUCAAAAACUUUAUGAUUUAUAUAUUGAAGAAUGUGAAAAAGAGCCUGAGAUAAAGCAGAAGCUGAGGCGAAAUGUGAAUUUACUUGAGAAGCUGGUUAUGCAGGAGACAUUGUCAUGUCUGGUGGUAAACCUCUAUCCAGGAAACGAGGGUUAUUCACUGAUGCUCAGGGGAAAAAAUGGUUCAGAUUCUGAGACCAUUCGUCUGCCUUAUGAGGAAGGAGAGCUGCUUGAAUAUUUGGAUGCAGAGGAAUUACCACCUAUUUUGGUUGAUCUUUUGGAAAAAUCUCAGGUUAAUAUUUUCCAUUGUGGAUGUGUCAUAGCAGAAAUACGUGACUAUAGGCAGUCUGGUAACAUGAAAUCUCCAACGUACCAAAGCAAGCACAUUCUUUUGCGACCUACAAUGCAGACUUUAAUUUGUGAUGUGCAUUCUAUAACAAGUGACAACCACAAAUGGACACAGGAGGACAAACUCCUACUUGAGAGCCAACUUAUUUUGGCUACAGCAGAGCCUUUGUGUCUUGAUCCUUCAAUAGCAGUGACCUGUACUACAAACAGACUCCUGUACAACAAGCAGAAGAUGAACACUCGCCCCAUGAAACGGUGCUUCAAAAGGUACUCAAGGUCCUCUCUGAACAGACAGCAAGAAGUAGCUCACUACUCAACUCCACCUCAGCUCAGACUACUUGACUACCUACAGAAAAGGAAGGAGAGGAAAGCAGCCCAGCAGUAUGAUCUCAAAAUUUCAAAAGCUGGAAAUUGCGUAGAUAUGUGGAAACAGAACCCUUGCUACUUGACUGCUCCUUCUGAAGUAGAUGUGGAAAAAUACGCCAAAGUGGAAAAGUCUAUCAAGUCUGAUGACUCACAACCAACUGUCUGGCCAGCACACGAAAUGAAGGAUGAUUAUGUGUUUGAAUGUGAAGUUGGUAAUCAGCUUCAAAAAACAAAACUGACCAUUUUUCAGUCUCUUGGCAAUCCCUUGUACUAUGGUAAAAUUCAGACACUCAAAGGUGAUGAGGAAAAUGAUAACCUGUUAACUCCAUCACAGUUCCUUAUUGGUUCGAAGACUGAUGCUGAAAGGGUGGUGAACCAGUACCAGGAGUUAGUGCAAAAUGAAGCUAAAUGUACUGUGAAAAUGUUUCAUAAUUCAAGUGGAUCAGUCAGUCAUCUUUCUCCAGGGAAGGAAAUGGAACAGCCAGAAAGUGUAUCAGGCUCUGUUCAGUCGUCAGUACUGGGGAAAGGUGUAAAACACCGACCUCCUCCUAUCAAAUUACCUUCAAGUUCAGGAAGUAGCUCUUCAGGUAAUAUUUUUAGUUCACAACAGUCAAGUAGCCAUCUAAAAUCCCCAACUCCACCUCCUCCUUCUAAGCCUCCUGGUCUUUCCCGGAAACAAUCUAUGGAUCUUAAUCAAGUUAACAUGCUCUCUCCAGCUGCCAUGUCUCCUGCGAGCUCUUCACAAAGGUCUGGAACUCCUAAACCAUCUACUCCUACUCCAACCAACACCCCUUCAUCGACCCCACACCCUCCUGAUGCUCAGAGCUCAACUCCUAUUACCCCUUCUGCCACCCCUACUCCCCAAGAUUCAGGCUUCACCCCUCAGCCCACUUUGUUAACCCCGUUUGCUCAGCAGCAAAUGUCUCUGAGCCAGGCACUGCCUGUAAUGACCAUUCCUCUUUCCACCAUGGUAACGUCCAUUACUACAGGAACAACCUCCACCCAGGUCAUGGCAAACCCUGCAGGACUUAACUUCAUCAAUGUAGUGGGCUCUGUGUGUGGAGCACAGUCACUGAUGAGUGGUUCAAACCCUAUGUUGGGGUGCAACACUGGUGCCAUAGCCCCUGCAGGUAUAAAUCUGAGUGGCAUUUUACCCCCAGGAGGUCUGGUACCAAGUGCGCUGCCCGCUGCAAUGCAAUCUGCCUCUCAAGCAGGCAGCCCAUUUGGUUUGAAAAAUACAUCAAAUCUUCGGCCCUUAAAUCUUCUACAGGGGUCUGACCAAGGUCCAUCCAAUCAAGAUCAGGCAUUAUCUGCCCAACAAGCUGCUGUAAUUAACCUGACUGGAGUAGGGAAUUUUAUGCAACCCCAAGCCACAGUGUUGUCUCAGCUUGGCUCUGCCGUGAACAGACCUGGGCAAAGCCUUCCUCAGCAGAGACUCCAGCUCUCUUCUGCCUUGCAACAGCAACAACAGCAAGCCUUGCAGCAGCAGCAGCAACAGAUACAACAGUUACGAUUCUUGCAGCAUCAAAUGGCUAUGGCAGCGGCAGCAGCACAAGCAGCUCACCUGCAUCAUCAACAGCAUUCAGGCAGCCACUCAAAAAGUAAAAGGAAAAGAGGCACACCAGCCCCUCCAAAAUCAUGAGACUUGCCUCCCCCCCAAAAAAAAACUGAUUUGAAGGGGAUUUUUUUUUUUUUUUUUUAGAUUAUUAAGGAAAAGGCUUAAAUUUAAAUUAGUGUUUUAUAUUACUGGUGGGAAGAUGAACUUUUGACAUUACACUAAAAGAAAUGAACUGAUUUUGGAAGCCAACCUUACAGAACUUAGAAAUUGCAUCUAAAAAGCGACUAGGAUCUGGUUUCCUCAAGUCACUUAAUUUUUUAACAGAAUGUUUUAUCUUGUAUUUUUUACCACUCAACAACAUUGUACAUAGAAUAAGGGUGAAAAACAUUUUAGAAGAAAUGAACUUUGUAAAUGUAGUAUUGUAUUUGUUUAUUUAGUAUAAAAGGUUUGUGAACACUGUAACAAAUACAAUUUUUACAAAUCCA